AUGUCAUGUGAGACACACAGGGCUACAUCGCCUUUGGAGCUUCUCCCCAAUGAGCUCCUAGACCAGAUCAUCUCCUACUUAUCCACGGACGCCCCCUCGCUGGGAAAUUUGCAUCAUGCACCCAGUCUGGAAUUGACUCAUUCGCCAACCAAAGACUUGAAGCAUCUAGCAUCAUGUUCAUCGCGUUUACUCAAACUCGUGCAACCCCUACUCUUCAGUCAUGCCUACCUGGAUCUACAUGAGGAAGCGGAGUUCCACGGUUUCAUCACAAAAUCGGGUCUCGGUCGACACAUAACUUCCCUGGUGGUUCUGGGAGAGGACAAACCAGAUUGUCCCAACGACCCAUUCUGGUGGCGCCGAGUCCUCCAAUACAUAGACCCUGAUGAGGUGGUAGUCAUUGCACCCCCUCCAUUCAUUGGUAGCACCAUGGGCACCCCAAUCAUGAACGCCCACAGCUGGGCAUUCGAAAUCGAGUUGCAAAUCCUGGCAUUGAAACAAGAACCCAAGAGGGUGGUUUCAUCUCAGCUACCUGGUUUGGAGGCCUGUCCAAGUCUUCUUGCAUCACGAGAAUGGAAAUCAAUGUCGUUCAACGAAUCCUCGUCUUUGAAAUCAUAUCACCACUAUGAAUACUUCCUGUCAACAGUCCCAUCCAUCCUUGGGGAAUGGGGUGCAAAUUCUCUUCGUGUGGCGAGACAUCUCCCACAAUAUCGAGCUGACCUGCUCGAUCUGCUCCAUGGCUUGACGCACUUUUCCUACACGGCUGUUUUCCCAUUCUUCAACCAUUCGCAGCUUGUACUUGAUGCUGUCACGGAAAUGCAUAAUCUCCAGCGUCUCGACGUACGUCUCGCACCUUGUCCCGGCAACCACGUCACCGAGGUAGAACAGCGAGGGCCGAUGGAUCUCAGCGACCCAUGGAUGGAGUUAUCCACGUCUUAUUCCUUGGUUGGAUUUACUGUCAACAAAAUGGAAAACUUGAAAGAGUUCCGAUGCAAUGACUUACAUGUGGAGGGUAUGCGGGAUGAGUUGCUAGCUACCCUGGGCGAUGUGAUUGACGGUGAGGCUUGGAAACACGAUGGAAAUGGAAUUUGGAGGCGAGUUUAG